UGACGUCAGAGCCGGAGCGGGUAAACUGAGCGGCUGCGGCGGGGCGGGGGCGAGACAGCGAGCGGAGCGCUGGGCGGCCGGACGGAGCUCGUGGCGGCGGGGCAGGCAGCGCCCGCGACCCCCAGCCGAGCCCCCAGCCAUGGCCCUGAGCGAGCUGGCGCCGCUGCGCUGGCUGCAGGAGAGCCGCCACUCGCGGAAGCUCAUCCUCUUCAUCGUGUUCCUCGCGCUGCUGCUGGACAACAUGCUGCUCACCGUCGUGGUCCCCAUCAUCCCGAGCUACUUGUACAGCAUCAGGCAUGAGAAGAACGCCACGGAAGUGCAGACCCCCAGGCCCGCGCUCCCGGCCGCCACCGCGGACAGCUUCCAGAACAUCUUCUCCUAUUAUGACAACUCCAUCAUGGUCACGGGCAAUGGCACUGGCAGCCGUCCAGGCGGGCCACCACCCAGGGCCACCACCCAGCACAUGGUCACUAACCGGUCCACUGCCCCUUCCGACUGCCCCAGCGAAGACAAAGACCUCCUGAACGAAAAUGUGCAAGUGGGCCUGCUGUUCGCCUCCAAGGCCACCGUCCAGCUGCUGACCAACCCCUUCGUAGGGCUGCUGACCAACAGGAUCGGCUACCCCAUCCCCAUGUUUGCGGGGUUUUGCAUCAUGUUUGUCUCCACCCUCAUGUUCGCCUUCUCCAGCAGCUACGCCUUCCUGCUCAUCGCCAGGGCGUUGCAGGGCAUCGGAUCCUCCUGCUCCUCCGUGGCUGGGAUGGGCAUGCUGGCCAGUGUGUACACGGAUGACGAAGAGAGAGGCAACGCCAUGGGGGUCGCCCUGGGAGGCCUGGCCAUGGGGGUCCUCGUGGGGCCCCCCUUCGGGAGCGUGCUGUACGAGUUUGUGGGGAAGACCGCUCCGUUUCUGGUGCUGGCGACGCUGGUGCUCUUGGACGGAGCCAUUCAGCUCCUGGUGCUCCAGCCGUCCCGGGUGCAGCCCGAGAGCCAGAAGGGGACGCCACUCACCACCCUGCUGAGGGACCCCUACAUCCUCAUCGCUGCAGGCUCCAUCUGCUUCGCCAACAUGGGCAUCGCCAUGCUGGAGCCGGCCCUCCCCAUCUGGAUGAUGGAGACCAUGUGUGCCCGCAAGUGGCAGCUGGGCAUCGCUUUCUUGCCGGCGAGUGUCUCUUAUCUCAUUGGAACCAACGUCUUUGGGAUACUGGCACACAAAAUGGGGAGGUGGCUCUGUGCUCUCCUGGGAAUGAUAAUUGUUGGAAUCAGCAUCUUAUGUGUUCCUUUCGCAAAAAGCAUUUAUGGACUCAUAGCUCCGAACUUCGGCGUUGGGUUUGCAAUUGGGAUGGUGGACUCCUCCAUGAUGCCCAUCAUGGGCUACCUGGUCGACCUACGCCACGUGUCCGUCUACGGCAGUGUGUAUGCCAUUGCCGAUGUGGCCUUUUGUAUGGGCUACGCCAUAGGUCCUUCCGCGGGCGGUGCGAUCGCCAAGGGAAUUGGAUUUCCAUGGCUCAUGACAAUUAUUGGAAUCAUUGAUAUUCUUUUUGCGCCUCUCUGCUUUUUUCUUCGAAGUCCCCCUGCCAAGGAAGAAAAAAUGGCUAUUCUCAUGGAUCACAACUGUCACAUUAAAACAAAAAUGUAUACUCAGAAUAAUAUCCAGUCAUACCCAAUAGGUGAUGAAGAAGAAUCGGAAAGUGACUGAAACCCUAAAAAAUUCAUCCUAGUAUUUGUGUCGUGUUUCCAAACAACUCACUGAACACCGUCUUAGUCAUACCAUCCAUUCCCGUUGAAAAAGUAUGACAACCAAAGGUUCUUCUUUCUUUUCCAUGGUUAUGAUCGAUUGCCAACAGCCUUAUAAAGAAAAAGAAGCUUUUCUAGGGGUUUGUAUAAAUAGUGUUGAAAACUUUAUUUUAUGUAUUUGAUUUUAUUAAAUAUCAUACAAUAUAUUUUGACGAAAUAUAGUGUAAAUCUAUAAAUAUCUGAAUCCAAAUCAAAUAUAAUUUUUUUAACUUACAUUCACGAACAUCUGGGCAAAAAAAAGUCUAUUUUUUUCUGAAUAUUGGUAACGAGUGUUUAAAACUAAAGUACAUGUUCUGAGACACUUCUGACAAUGAGAAAUUAGAAAUCUGAAAAACAUAAGCAAGACAGCAUAUAUAUGUAGUGAUACUAAGUGUUAACUUGUAAUCACUGUAAUCAAUAUAUCUGAGCGACAAGCUAGUUAUCUCAAAUGCAGAGAACAAGAACUCAUCAGUCAUCUUUGGGAUUUAUCCAUAAAUCUUGGCUGGUCUUCUAUGUCAUUAUCUACCUGGAAACAGAUGGCUGUAAACUAUGCUUACAUGUCAGGUAGUUGGCAUUAAGUAAAAGCCAGUAAGGGAGAAGUAAACAUGUUCUGAAAGUCAAGAAAAGCACCCGAAAUGUAGAGUUAGGAACUAGAAGCUUCCUUUUAAGACAUAUACUUGAUUGUCUUACUGGAUGAUAAAACUGAGAUAUUUACUGUCAAGGUUGUUGAAGCACGGCAAGAUAUAUUGAAUCAAUUUUUAGAAAAGAAACUUAAAAGCUGGGAUGACGUGGGAAAAACAGAUUCUAAUCACCCUUGACCUGUCUGGAGGUCAUCCAAGUGCUUUCUAGGGAUUUAUUAAUUUUGAGUUGUUUGAAACUAUUACUUUUUAGAUUUCUAAAAGUUGUUUACAUCAUUGUGAAGACAAAGGAGGAAUGAAAUUGUCUUGAAUCACAUUAGGAAAACAGGUAAAGAUAGGGUGCUCAGGGCACCCUUUUUCACAGGCAGGAGAAACCAAACAUCUAAGAUGUCUGUGUAUUACUCUAUUGUCCAGUACUGUGUGAUGUGGUUUUUCUAAGCAUGACAACAUUGACGUGCCUUUUCAGUGUAGCAGCAAAUACUGUUAGUGAACAUUGUCACUUUACAUCGUGUAUGAGAUAUGACUGGAGUGUGGAGAUAGUAUGGAAUGUCUCAAAUAAUACUUGUUAAUUCCCUAGUUCUGUAAUCAUAAAAAUUACCUAAUGUCAGUUCUUUGGCUAGAAUUGUAUUUGUUAGCUUAGACAUCAAGAAGCAAAGAACUCUAGAAGACUCAACCAUGUAACUGUCUAGCAAAGUAGCUAAUACUUCAUUUUCAUUCUCUUUACGAAGAUUUUAGAUGGGGCUUUGAGAGAUCUGAACUCUGGAUUUCAAGUGUGUAGCUAGAAGCAAACAAGCUUCCUAUGUACAUUUGCUCUGUGCAACUUGCACAGGCCGGCUGCUUUGGAAGAUGGAGGCACUCAUGUGGCUAAAAGGAAAAGGCAGGAUUGUUUGUUACCACCAUGUGGAGAAAGUCAAUGUCUCAGAGGGUUUGUAGUUCUCCCCACCCCGACAUCACAGAAUUUUUCCAGAAUUUUUGCCUUUAAGGACUCAAGAAUGACUAGUAAAAGCAUGCCUGCUGCUAUCCCAAAGGAUGAGAAAUUUUAGUUUAGUUUUAAAAAAUGUUUUAAUCAAAAAUAUUCUUUUAAUAUUCUUUUAAGCACAGUUUUGGGAUCAAAAGAUGCCACUUUCAUCUGAGAGAGAAAACAUUUUAAGACUUUUGUUCACUAAUAUUCUGGGGUUAACAAGACUGAAGAUAGAGGUUUUAAAAAUAUCUUUUUAAAAUGUUUUAGAUCAUGUUUUUUAGAACAAAAAACAUGCAGCUUUCUGAAGGUUUCUUUUGAGCACAGGCAUUUUUUGGGUUGUACCUGGCAAAACAGAUAGAAAAAUUUUAAUGAGGUAGCUAUGAAUGAAUGUUUUUUUUCAAAUGCUGUAUUGAAUGUCUAUACCAUCCUUAGCUAGUUUACUUAAUAAAUCUCCUGAAUGCUA